CGGACAGGUGGAGCGUUCAGAAGGUAAAGUUAGGGGAAUCGGGUGGACCCUGUGUGAUGUGGGACAUGCAGAUUUCACAGUCAUCCCUUCUACAAAUCAAAUGCUGCUGCAGAAGCAUGAAGGGCAGAGAAAGCGUGGAUUGAGCAGAACGCAUAGGCAGGACCACGCACACGCUGCGGUAUUUCCGCUUCUCUGUCCCCUUCAGUCAACCGGAGAGAGGCCACAGCCGUAAAACAUGUUUGUCUUUGCCGUCCUCACUUGUUUGUUUUCCUCGAAAGGUUUUUCCUGUACUGUCCAUGAGGUGGAAGAUAAACUGGAUUGACUUCAUCCGGGGAACAAUCUUGCUUUCUCUUACUGGACCUGGCUGUGCGGGAAACCUCUUUUUGUUUGCGAGCCAUGUGUACGUUUUUGUCAUGGGUUCUAAGAAAAAGCCCACAGACCUUCUCCUCGUCCACCUGGCUUUUACCAAUACCAUGACACUUUGUGCCAGAGGCAUUUUCGAUAUAACAGCAGCUUUUCAUGUCAGUAACUUUCUAGAUAGUGCCAGUUGCAAAACCGUGUUUUAUCUGGGGAGAGUGGCCCGUGGCCUCUCAAUGUGCACCACCUGUCUCCUCAGCGUGGUCCAGGCCCUCACCAUCAGCCCCAGGACCUCCUCGUGGAGAAAGCUCAAGCCCCACACCGCGUGGCAAGUGCUCCCCUCUCUCCUCCUCUUCUGGAUCUUGAAUUCCCUGAUAAGCUCCAACUUGCUCUCCUACAUCACAGCCGCCCAGAGCACGAACGGGUCCGGGAUCACACCGUCUGGCUCCCACACCUAUUGCCAUAUGCUGCCCUCCGGGCUGACCGUCAGGUGGCUCUUCCUGACUCUCAUGGCGCUGCGGGACAUCAUCUCCCAGAGCCUCAUGGGCUGGAGCAGCGGGUACAUGGCUUUCCGUCUGUGCAAGCAUCGCCAGAGUGUGCUCCACCUGCGGAGCUCCAGAUCCCAGAGAAAUUCCAGCCCAGAGACGAGAGCUACGCAGAGUGCCCUCCUCCUCAUGGCCUGUUUCCUUCUCUUUUAUUGGGCGGACUUCAUUUUCUCCUUCUGCAUCGGCUCCUUCUUGACCAAUGACCACACGGUGUUAAAUAUGAAACUAUUUCUAACGCUCGGUUACGCCAGUCUCAGCCCCUUUGUGCUGAUCAGCAGGGCCUCCCACCAGCCUUCCCGCCGGAGUGCCCGCCGAGAUGUGGGGAAACCUGCUUUCUAUACUGAUUCUGUUAGUAGCUACAGGUAGAUGAUGUAGUGAAAUUUUUUGCAUGGCAAAAAUUCUGUGCAGCCUGAACUAGAAGCGUAUUAUAAAAAUAGUGUGCUGGCCUGGGUUUUCCGAGAAGCAAACACCAAGACCAAAUUAAAUAUCCAGGGAAGUUGCCAGGGCAAACAGACCGUGAGAGAAAAUGUGGCCCGGGAGGCCCAAGAGCCAUCCAAUCAAGAUGCAAGUAUGAUUCUGAGUGAAGGACA